AUGUCUCUCCCUUUUAUGAGUCAGGAACCAGGUGAUUUUUUGACGAUCCAGACUAACGCCAUUACGUUCAGUUUGAUAGCCAAACAUCUACUUCCUAAGCAUGAAAUCGAAAAUAUUGGUGUUUUAAUGUCAAAUUGCUUAGAUGGUUUAAUUGACCCUGAUGAAAUGAUCAAAGAAGUAAGUAACAUUAUGAAAAGCUAUCACAACAUUGACAUGGUAUGGAAAGCACUUAUAGAAAGGGAUGCAGUACACAUGACUCCUCUUUAUACUGACUUGACACAAUUCAUUCGCCACUUGCUUGAAUGUGGUGUUCCUGAAUAUUACAUCAUUUCAUUCUUGACAACAAUUAUAACUCAUGUUCGACGUAAUGUUCGCAAUAUCAAAUUAAUUUCGCUGAUUUUAAAUUAUCAAUUUCUAAAGAAGUAUCAUGGAAUAUCAGUCAAGUACCUAUUAAUGAGUUGUUUUAAGAUUGCAUCGCGUAUCGAACGUUUAAAGAUAAAAACGAAUUUACCUCCGAUAUUUAAUGUAUAUAGUCUUAUUUAUCAGCCAAUUCCCGAACAGAUAUCGCCUCCAUCAAUUAGAUACAAAGAUGUCGUGAAUAAACCGCCAGCACAAGCCAACAAACCAGAAGAAAAUGAAAUAUCUUUAGGAUUUUCAUACAGACAGACAAAAUUCUUAAUUUCACCAUUACCAUCUACACUCAUACUUAAUACGUAUGCCAAAAGCUCUAGAGUUGGCAGCGAAGGUGGAACAUUUGCGAAAGUUUCGGAUUUCGAACGAUUUUUUAACUAUUUGAUUACUUACGCUCAUACAGUUUUUGAAAGUUUCGUUACAGCCGAUAUAUCUUCAUACGCAAUGAUCAGAUUCAACCAAGGAAGCAAAUUUUUAUUGAAAAAUGCAAUUACUGAUUUGUAUCAUGGCGAAGCGUCAACAGUAUAUAGAUAUAUAGAGCGUACAGAUGAUUUUAAGCUCCUCAAGAAGAGAGUUAAACAAAAUUUGAAAAAUUUCGUUGAUUACAGAUUUCGGAUUGAAGAAAAGGUCUCACUUUUCACAGAUGUUUAUCCUGUAUUUGAUGUUCAGACUUUCAUCAAAUUUUCAAACCGUUCUGAGCCAACAAAAAUUAUUUUUGAUAUUCAGAACAGCAACGCCUGUUUUAUUAUCGCAGAGCUUUGCAUGAAUUAUAUGCCACGAAUAGGAAUGUUCAUCAACAACGUUCUGCCGAUUUUUACCUUAAAUGUAAACGAAAAAUGUUCAAUUCUUUGCAACGACUCCAUUGCAUGCGCUUUAUACUACUUCAAUUUAGCUUGCAGUGAGAUGGUGAACCUCCUCAAGCCAGCUGAAGAAAAAGAACCUUCUCUUCGCGCAAUUAUUGACAGCGCAGUUUUCGAAGUCGAAUCCAAGUACUGCCAUGCAAUUAACAGUGAAGUCACGGACUUCCUCGAUACAUUCUUCGGCAAAUUUACCAGGAAUACGCUUGAAUUUUACUCAUUACUCGAAGAAUCUGUUUCAAAGUUCGGAAAAAAGACUCCUUCGCUGUUCAAACUCGUAUUGAACCUGGAAAAGGUACUCCACGCCGCUGAAAAAUGUGGAUUGGACAGAAAUUAUUCCAAAUACAUUAAAUUGGCCAAAGUUUUUGGAAAAGCAACAGGACCAAGAGCCGAUGAAAUCCUCAAUUCCAGAUUUCCGUUGCUCAAAAAGAAAUUGGCUCCAAUUUCACUAAUUUCCGGGCUUGUCAAGCUUGAUAUUGAUGGGAAUACCAAGGAAAUGACAAUUACACCUAUUACAUUAUGA